UCAUCCAUCCCUGCCCACAUUAAAACCGUUUCCAUCUCCGGUCACCACCCAAGGAGUGCUGCGACUGCCAUUUCACAUUUUCACAGCUCUUCGUGAACACCUUACCCCCCACACGCAUAUUCCACGCAUUUUACAUUCAUCAUACUCUGCUUUUACGAACGCAUACCCGCGGCAAUGGUUCGAAUCCAUGUGUAAUGUACGUUGAGUGUUCUCUCUCGGGAAAAUGGAGGAAGAAUUGCUGAAGCGGAGCACUGAUUGCGUCUACUUCUUAGCAUCACCUCUCACUUGCAAAAAGUAGGUAAGGUGUGGGUGAGUGGUAAUUCAAAAAUACUAUGUGGAUUCUGAUAGCAGCUCUUAUCCUACCACUUUUCGAUUACAAAUUGAGAGAUUGGUCCAGCUUCAAACAAGGAAGACCCAAGAAGAUCCAUUUAACUGGAAAUUUUAUUGCAACUUAUGGUGAUUAAAUGAGGACAAAAUGAUAGUAUGUGUUGGGGGUUGGCUUAACCUACAGUUAGCAGGAGUGCAGGACUUUCUGACAUGUUCACAGCCUCAUAGAAACUCAAGCAAGGACUCCAAUAAAAAAUAACAGCUCUGCUGGGCAUUGAAUGUGAGUAUCGGCACAAUGAUAUUGCUAGGCUCAACCCGAGAGAGUGUUGGUUUUGGUUAGCAGGGAGCUGUCUUAAUCCUACAUGCGGUUUCCGACAUCCUCCACUAGAGACUUUUGCUGAGACUUCAUAUAAAGUAACAACUACAUAUGAUAAGUCUGUAGCGCUUAUGAGCAAGAAGACCCGUGUUCCUUGUUUUUUCUAUCACAAUGGGUUCUGUAGUAAAGGUGAGAAAUGUGUGUUUCAACAUGGACCAGGAGACGUAAUUGCGAGGAAUUCCUCAAGAGUAACUUCCGGAGUCACUGAUGAACUAGCAGCAGCUCCAGAGAUGAAGAAAAAAGAAUUGAGUGUGGGAAUUGAAAUAGUGUCAGUACCACUGGAGACUCAUCCUGGUUUUUGUGCGGAGAUUGCAGCCAAUGGAAAUAUCAAGACUCAAGUAAAUCUCCAUCAGACAACAAAUGAUCUUACUGUAGAAAACUUUUCUGAAAGUCAUGCUCCAGAAACAGAGUUGGAAUCUUCAUUUCCUGCUCAUGACAGCUUCCCUGCUGGAGGACGUCAUUCUGACAUUGCAUGGAGUUCAGAUGAUGAAAUGGAAGAGAAAGAAGAGGGGUUAGAAGCAUGUCCUUGUUUUGAAAAUCAUGUUCCAGAAACAGAGUUGGAAUCUUCAUUUCCUGCUCAUGACAGCUUCCCUGCUGGAGGACGUCAUUCUGACACUGCAUGGAGUUCAGACGAUGAAAUGGAAGAGAAAGAAGAGGGGUUAGAAGCACGUCCUUGUUUUGAUGUUCUUUUCAACGAUGAUAGAUCGAAGGAGUUGAUGUAUGAUGAAGAAGAAGAUAAUGAGUACUUGAUCCAAAACCAAUACCAUGCCAUACAUGUUGACGAACAGUAUGUGGGCGGAUAUGAUUUUGAUGACAGCAAUGAACACAAUCCUGUUCAUGCAGAUGAAGGGCUUGUGUUUGAAGAAGAAGCAUCACGUGUUUCAUAUUAUGAGCGUGCUACUGGUGAUUUUUUGAGAAAACCGAAUGGCAAUGCCCGUUCGAGGGAUUGUAUUUUGCAUAAUCAGAACAGAAAAAUCAAGCUGACAGAAUGGGGUGGUUUUAACUUUAAGGGUGCAGACCUCCGCCACUAUCACUACUACCCUAGGAAGCAUGUCUAUAGCUGGAACCAGCAUCCCCACCUGUACAGUACAAGACGGGCAGCAUCGAAGCUGGAGAUAAGUGCGACUGGAUCACUACAACUAGGAUGCCGGGCUUCCCUGAAUGGGUUCCGCCGCCAUAGAGGCACAUCUAGACACAUUCAUAUGAUGAGCAGUCAGAUGGAGGAGCAUUUUAAGAGGAGGCGUGGCAAGCAGCUGCCGCCUUUUCAGUCUCAACGAGUCUCGGGGAUUGGAGGUUAUUGUCUGAAGAGAAAAUCAAGCAACAUGUUUAUUGCACCAAAGACACUUUCCCAGAUCAAAGAAGAGAAGAAGAGAGCAAAAUGGGCUGUGAGUUUUGUGGCACGGCCCACAGGACUAGAAGACGAGUUUCAGGGUCCAAAAUCUCUAGCCGAAAUCCUCAAGGAUAAAAGAAGGUAGGAGGAUCCCUUCUUUUUUACACCAUUGGACAACUAAUGACGUUGCGCCCCGUCACCGUAGUUUCUCCAUUUAGAAUGAUUUUCAUCCAACUGUUACUUACAAAACCAAUGCAAGCAGAACUAAAAUGCUACCUGACCAUAGCUGUCUAUGACAGUCGAUUCACUCUGAACAACAAAUCAUCCCAGUAUAUUUUGUGAGGAAAUUUGAAGGAUUAGAACAAAACUGUGCUGAAAUUUGUUAUUGUUUCAUUGGAACUCCCGCUCCGGGAAGAGAGUAGAGUGAAAGACUACAGUAGGGAGGGAACAAAGUAGAGAGAAAUUGUGUAAUCCUUAAAAAAUAAGUGACACCCUUGGAGCUUCUCUUGCCACAGAAAUCCCAUAAAUUUU